AUGCGAGUUGCAGUAGUUACCGGUGCGUCAUCUGGUAUUGGUUAUGCUAUUGUCAAAGAACUCGCAGAUCACGGCGAUUUCCAGAUAUAUGCGUGUGCAAGAAGGACCAAACCUAUCCUCGAGCUGUCCUCGCUCUACUCUCCGCGUGUGGUGAUUCCAUACGAGCUCGAUAUAAGCAAACCUGCAGAAAUUGUGUCCUUCAGGGACUAUCUAAUGGCUCAACACCAUGUAGGCGGUAUCGAUAUUCUAUACAAUAAUGCAGGUGUAGCUUGUAGUGUGCCAGCCCUCGAUGUUACCAAUGACAUUGUUACGGAUUGCUUCCAGGUUAACGUUUUUGGUCACGUUAACAUGACAAGAGAAUUGUCACCGCUUGUCAUCCAGUGUAAAGGCACUAUUGCCUUUACGGGUUCUAUUGCUGCCAUACUACCCGUUCCAUUCAUCACUGUAUAUUCCGCUUCAAAGGCAGCUAUUCACCAAUAUGCGAGAACACUACAUCUGGAAAUGAAACCGCUAGGGGUUCGCGUUAUCAAUUUCGUCACGGGGGCCGUUGCUACUGAUAUCGGAGAUCCUCGCCCUGUUUUAGAAGAUUCUCUUUACAAUACACCAGAGGGGCUGCGGUCAUUCCAUUCACGUGAUAAUGCCGUUAAGAAUGGGACAGCCCCCUCCGUUUAUGCCAAGCAGGUAGUCCAUGAUAUCUUAGACCAUUUAACAAGCGCGCCAGACAUCUACAGAGGUCGUUUCGUUACUGUCGCACGUAUCUUAGUUUCGAUCCUACCUAUCAAACUACUCUCUUGGCUUUUCUUUACUAUGGCUCGAAUGGGCUCUAUUUCUCCAGGGAGUAAAAGCAAGUAA